AUGAGCAAUCAAGAAGUGGCCAUUCUGAAUGUGGGAGGCUCAAAAUUUACAACAUGGGUUUCCACCCUGCGGAGGUUCCCAGAGUCCAGGUUAGCACGGAUGUUGAAUGGCAAUGACCAUGAAUUCAGGCUGGUGAAUGGACAAUUCUUUGUGGACAGAGAUGGAACUUUGUUUAAUUACAUCUUGGAUUUUUUGAGGACACUCCAGCUUUCUCUGCCCACGGACUUUUCAGACUAUCAGAGGCUGCAAAGAGAAGCAGACUUCUAUGAGCUCCACUCCCUGGCUGAUCUCCUGAGCCAGGAAAACUUGCUGAAGCCGAGACCAGAGAUCUUGGAAGUGCGCUUCUUGCUCCAUGAAACUCAGGCCUUUUUCCGAGUCUUUGGCUCUUGCAGCAACACUAUUGAGGUACUGGCUGGACGGGUCACGAUGUUUACAGAGCAGUCCUUGAGACAGAACUGGAAUAAUAGUCCUUUCCCUUCUCAGAAGCUCCUCACUCCACUUCCUUUGGAGAGACCUUCUCAUCAUGACCUGGUUUUUCAAUGUGGCACGGACUACUCUGCUGGUGACCAGUUGGUGACAAGGUAUGUCUCUAUAAAACCUGAUGAUAGAAAGCUGAUUAAUGGAACUAACGUACUGGGCCUACUAGCUGACACUUUACUUAAAGAAGGAUUUCACGUUGUAAGCACCAGAACAGUCUCCACCGAAGAAAAAGUUGAAUGCUACAGUUUUGAAAGGAUGAAGAGGCCAGAAGCCCUUUUUCUCACUGCCAACCAAAGCCCAGAAAGCACUGGUGGAGCACAGAUGAAGUUAACUCCAAUGCACAAGCAGAAAUGAAACCUGUUUCAUUACUACCUACCCUUUUGAAUCUGAGAAGAGACACAUGUAGACACUAUUAAGCCUACUAUUUUUUUUUAUUUGAAAUUGCAACUAUUGAAGGUGGUAACAACUGUCAAAUUUUAUAUAUUUCUUCAAAAAUCAGUUUCCCUCCUUUUCCUGCAGUCAUUUACUAGAGAAGCCAAGUUCUUGUUUACCUCUAUUAUCCCUUUUCUGGAACAUGGGAGAAUACUGAUGCAAUAUUGAAUAUGUAGUACAGAAUCAAGCAGUUAAACGUGUGCAAUCCAAUUUCUAAAAUGGAGAUGGGCAUAAUGGAAAAAAUGAACCAUACUGGGAAUAAAGGGAGUCCCUAAAUAAAGGUUCUUGCACUCAUUGCAGGAUACCGCAAAGGCAAUUUGAAAUAUGACAACAGCAAGUGAAGUAGUAAUAAACAGGGCCCACAGAGCCCUCUCUUCUCCUUCCUUUAGAAGGUUUUAUAGAAGACUGGAGAAAUCUAAAUUUGAAUGAUUACAUACUAUUUCUGCAAGCAAAAACUACAGAGACAAUCUUUCAAUUAGGUGAAAGCAGCAUUGUGAAAAUACCACAGAUCAAGCCCCGUUCCACUCUUUAUCUAUGAAACCACCAUUAGUUUAGUUUAGUGUAUUCUCUCCUCUUGUAGGAUCCCCAAGAAAAGAACCUAUUAAACUGUCCUUCAAUGCUCUGAACUUGAUAAAUGUAAUAUUAAAAAGGGUCUGCUAUGCAAUGCAUGGUGGGCUGUAAUGAAAGGUCAGUUAAUUAGAAAAGACUGAAUUGCUCUUCAGAAGAAACAAAUAGGCUGGAAUUCUUAACUAAAAUAGUUCAAAGAACUUUUCAGCACUUGCCAAAUGCAAAGAACAGUGAAGGGCUGGCAAAGGUGACUUUAAGACAUGAUCACACUGCCAGACUGGCCUGCAUCAGAAAUUAGAGUAGCCUCUCGACUGCUCUCAAAUUAAUCUUGUUUGUAGUAGUUCUAGGAAUGUGGGAGUGUAGCAGAUUCUGGAGCCAUCCCUUCCUCCUUGAGGUGUGUGACUAAGCCAGGAAAGGGUGGUAUAGUGGUGGACACUUUGCUAAUUAAGGAUUUCCCCUACUCUGGUUAGACCUAUUAAUAGCAACUUUUGGAUGGUACAAAGGAGGUUGGGACAGGAUCUGGCCCGAUAGAUCACUACUAUUAAGGAGACAUUACUGAUGUGCCAAGAAAUCAAAGACCAUUUUGGAUGUUUGCAUCUAUGUGGCUUCCUAGUAUUGAAUUUUCUAAAAGUUACUGUGAACAUCUCCAGUCAAGAGGACAAUCAAUGACAGUAAGAAAUGCAGAUGUACAUGACAACCCCUUUAAUGGGCAAAGAAAGAAAAUGGACUUUAAGACUGUACCCAAGAUCUAUAAUCAAAA